AUGGCUCCCCAGUCCGAUCGUUGUCCUUACAAAGAGCAGGGCAGCGGCAAGUACUUCCAGUGCCCAGCUGCAACCUCCACACUCAGCCGGGGCGACCUGUCCAUCCCUUCGGAGGAGGAGAUGGAUGAGGAGAGCCUCCUGGAGCUUUCGUCCGCCAGGAGUGAGUGCAAGCGACGCCCCAGGGGCCGGGGCAAACCCAGGAGCCCGAAGGUGGUGCAGAAGAUCAAGAAAAGCCGGCGCAUCAAGGCCAAUAACCGGGAGAGGAACAGGAUGCACAACCUGAAUGGCGCCCUGGACGCCCUGCGCGAGGUGCUGCCCGCCUUCCCAGAGGAUGCCAAGCUGACCAAAAUCGAGACUCUCCGCUUCGCCCACAAUUACAUCUGGGCACUCACUGAGGCUCUGCGACUGGCCGAUCCUCUCUGUGGCCCCGGAGAGUCCUGCUACGAUGGAGCCGAACAGCAAUACUUAGACUCGGGGCUGAGCAGCCCCAGCCCCGGCGCUUCAGGCAGCUCCUGGAACAGCUUCAGCUCCCCUUCCUCAUCCUCCUACACCUGCACUUUAUCCCCGGGCAGCCCUGCGCCAUCGGAAGAUAUGUACUUCGGGCAACCCGAGAGCAUCUAUGCACCACCUAAACAGCAGUCUGACUUUUUGCAAAACUCUUCUCCUUUCCAAGAAUUUAUUUGA